AUGGCCAACUCUUUAAGAGGAGAAGUAUUAAAUCUUUAUAAAAAUCUGCUGUAUCUUGGGAGAGAUUAUCCAAAAGGAGCAGAUUAUUUUAAAAGGCGUCUGAAGAAUGUUUUCCUUAAAAACAAAGAUGUGAAGGACCCAGAGAAGAUCAAAGAACUUAUUAGACGGGGUGAAUUUGUAAUGAAAGAGCUAGAAGCCUUGUAUUUUCUUAGGAAAUACAGAGCUAUGAAACAACGCUAUUAUUCUGAUGGCAACAAAACUAACUGA